AUGUUUCAGGCCGUGAAUUUCGAACACGCGCUCGAAUUCGACCUCGACUACAUACCUCAGCAACGUUUCGAUCAGCCCUCGUCCAGAUACGCCAGCAAGAUCACGAGGAAGUUUCAAGCCGUGAAGCUAGAACACGCGCUCGAAUUCGACCUCGACUACAUACCUCAGCAACGUUUUGAUCAGGUCUCCCACUGUGAACGCUGGCACUCCCACGCCCUCUCCAAGAUAUACUCCAGCUGGAGCACGAAUAGGACCCGACGCGGGCUCGAUUAG